AUAAGCCUCAUUGAGUGUGACAUAGUCACUUUUGCUGGUCGUUGCGUCCAUUGGAUACGUCUCACUGUGAGCAGUGCUACUCGUCCCACUAGUGGUAGCCACAUGGGUCUCAGUGUUCCUCUUCUUUUUAACGAGGAGUACACAUUGUAUGACGACGACUGUUAUAAGAACAAUAAUCACUGCAAGAAGAGCUGCUGAGGCACCAAUCACAGCUGGGUUGGUGAACGCCCCACUACAUCCAGGAGAGGUUUCAGAAGAGCUUGCUACUGCGUACAGUUAAAAAGUUUAAGUGCAUUAGCAGUGGUAUUAUAU